AGCAGAGGCAGCAGCAAGACUGCCUGAGCGCCCAGCAGUAGAAGCCCAGGGCUGCUGGCCACCUCUCUGAUCCAGGCGUGCCACCAUGCUCAGGGUCCGACAGCUGCUGCUGUUGCUGCUCUUCAGGGGACCCCUAAUCGAUGCUGGUGCCUGGACUGGAGAUGUCACAGACUCCGACACUGAGGAUAACCUGCAAUCCUCCCCAGAAAAGGGUUGGUGCUCCACAUGGGGAGCUGGCCACUUUUCCACCUUUGACGGCCAUGAGUAUAAUUUCCAAGGGAUGUGCAAUUAUAUCUUUACGGCCACCUGUGGGGAUGACGUGCCCGCCACCUUUAGCAUCCAGCUGCGGAGAGAUAUGGAGGGGAAUAUCUCCCGGAUCAUCAUGGAACUGGGGGCUUCUGUGGUUACUGUGAACAAGGAAACCAUCUCUGUCAGGGACAUUGGGGUUGUUAGCCUGCCCUACACCAGCAAUGGCCUCCAGAUCACACCAUACGGCCAGAGCGUGCAGCUGGUGGCCAAGCAGCUGGAGCUAGAGUUGGUCAUCACGUGGGGUCCAGACGCCCAUCUUACGGUCCAGGUAGAGACGAAGUACAUGGGCAAGCUAUGUGGACUGUGUGGGAACUUCGAUGGAAAGAUAGACAAUGAAUUUCUGAGUGAGGACGGCAAACUUUUGGAAGCCCAUAAGUAUGCUACACUCCAGAAGCUAGAUGAUCCCAACGAGAUCUGUGCCCAUGAAGCCAUCCCCAGCACCAUCAUCCUGAAGACCAGAUAUGCCCAGAUCUGCAACCAGCUACUGACCCUGGUGUCCCCUGGGUGUGACGUACCAAAGGAGACACUGAUGUUGAGCUGCCAGGCAGACAUGGCCGCCUGUGCCCGACCAGGCCAGCCAAACUGCAGCUGUGCCACACUAUCUGAGUACUCCCGGCGAUGCAGCAUGACUGGCCAGCCUGUCCGAAACUGGAGGACUCCCGCACUCUGCCCCAUGAGCCAGUGCCCAGCCAACCAAGUGUACCAGGAGUGCGGUGAGGUCUGCAUCAAGACUUGCUCCAACCCACAGCACAGCUGCUCCAGCCCCUGCACCUUCGGCUGCUUCUGCCCCCACGGUACACUGCUUGAUGAUAUAUCCGGAAACCAGUCCUGUGUGCCAGUCAACCAGUGCCCCUGCAUGCUCAAUGGUAUGGUUUAUGGCCCCGGGGAGAUCACAAAGACAGCCUGUCAAACCUGCCAGUGUACCAUGGGCCGCUGGACAUGCACAAAGCAGCCGUGUCCUGGCCACUGCUCCCUAGAAGGUGGCUCCUUUGUCACCACAUUCGACGCCAGACCCUACCGCUUCCACGGCACCUGCACCUAUACUCUUCUCCAGAGCCCACAGCUCCCCAAUGAAGGCACCCUCAUGGCUGUGUAUGACAAGUCGGGUUACUCGCACUCAGAGACCUCCCUAGUGGCCAUCAUGUAUCUGUCCAAGAAGGACAAAAUUGUCAUCUCAGAAGAUGAAGUGAUCACCAACAACGGGGACACCAAAUUGCUGCCAUACAAGACACACAACAUCACCAUCUUCAGGCAGACAUCCACCCACCUCCAGAUGGCUACCACCUUCGGGCUGGAACUUGUGUUCCAGAUGCAGCCUGUCUUCCAGGUGUACAUUACAGUCGGGCCCCAGUUCAAAGGCCAGACCAGAGGGCUCUGCGGCAAUUUCAACGGAGACACAACAGACGAUUUCACAACCAGCAUGGGUAUUGAUGAAGGCACUGCCUCACUCUUUGUGGACUCUUGGCGUGCUGGGAACUGUCCAGCUGCCCUAGAGCGUGAGAUGGACCCCUGCUCCAUGAGCCAGCUCAACAAGGUGUGUGCAGAGACCCACUGUUCCAUGCUCCUGAAGAAGGGCAGUGUGUUUGAGAAGUGCCACAGUGUGGUGAACCCCCAGCCCUUCUACAAGAGAUGCGUGUACCAGGCCUGCAACUACGAGGAGACCUUCCCUCACAUCUGUUCUGCACUGGGGGCCUAUGCCCAUGCCUGCUCUGCCCGUGGCAUCCUGCUCUGGGGCUGGAGGAACAGUGUGGACAACUGCACUGUGCCUUGCACCGGCAACCGCACGUUCAGCUAUGAUAGCCAGGCCUGUGAUCGUACCUGCCUGUCUCUGUCGGACCGUGAGACGGAGUGUCACGUGAGUCCUGUGCCAGUGGAUGGCUGCAACUGUCCUGAGGGCACCUACUUGAACCACAAGGCAGAAUGUGUGCACAAGGCCCAGUGCCCCUGUCUGCUGGACGACUACAAGUUUGUCCAAGCUGAUCAGUCAACCAUGAUCAACGGGGUCAUAUGUCACUGCAUCAAUGGGCGCCUGAGCUGUCCACGGCAAGCGGAGAUGUUCUUUGCAUCCUGCCCAGAGCCCAAGACCUUCCAGUCCUGCAGCCAGUCGUCAGAGGACAAGUUCGGAGCUGCAUGUGCCCCCACGUGCCAGAUGCUGGCCACGGGCAUUGACUGUGUACCCACCAAGUGUGAGUCCGGCUGCGUCUGUCCUAAGGGGCUCUAUGAGAACAGCGACGGGCAGUGUGUGCCUGCAGAGGAAUGCCCAUGUGACUAUGCAGGGGUGUCCUACCCUGGUGGUUUUGAGCUCCACACAGACUGUAAGACAUGCACCUGCUCACAGGGAAGGUGGACCUGCCAGCUUAGCACACAAUGUCCAUCCACCUGUGUCCUCUAUGGCGAAGGCCACAUCAUAACUUUUGAUGGACAACGCUUUGUGUUUGACGGCGACUGCGAAUACAUGCUGGCCACGGAUGACUGUGGGGCCAACAGCUCACAGCCUACCUUCAAGGUCCUGACAGAGAAUGUCAUCUGUGGGAAGUCCGGAGUCACCUGCUCCAGAGCCAUCAAGAUUUCCCUGGGUGGGCUCUUCAUCACGAUGGCAGACAGUAACUACACAGUCAGCGGGGAAGAGCCCCUGGUGCACCUGAAAGUGAAGCCUAGCCCCCUGAAUCUUGUCCUGGACAUAGACAUCCCUGGAAGGCUCAACCUGACACUCGUAUGGAACAAGCACAUGAGUGUCUCAAUCAAGAUCCGCCGCGCUACCCAGGAUGCCCUCUGUGGCUUGUGUGGCAACGCCAAUGGGAACAUGAAAGAUGACUUCGAAACACGUAGCAAGUAUGUGGCGUCCAAUGAACUGGAGUUUGUGAACUCGUGGAAGGAAAGCCCGCUGUGUGGGGAUGCAAGUUAUGCGGUGGAUCCCUGCAGCUUGAAUACCUUCCGGCGCUCCUGGGCCGAGCGUAAAUGCAACAUUAUCAACAGCCAGACCUUUGCUGCCUGCCACAGCAAGGUAUACCACCUGCCCUACUAUGAGGCCUGCGUGCGUGACGCCUGUGGGUGUGACACGGGCGGGGACUGCGAGUGUCUGUGUGAUGCAGUGGCUGCCUAUGCCAAAGCCUGUCUGGACAAGGGCGUGUGUGUGGACUGGAGAACCCCAGACUUCUGCCCCAUCUACUGUGACUUCUACAACACCCACACAUUGGUGGGUGAGAAUGAAUACCAGUAUGCUCAGGAGUCCAACUGCACGUGGCACUACCAGCCCUGUCUCUGCCCUGGCAGCCUGGGAAGCUUCCCGGACACCAACACAGAAGGCUGUUACAACUGCUCCCAGAAUGAGUACUUCGACCACAGUGAAGGGACCUGUGUACCCUGUGCACCACCCACUACCACACUACCGCCAACCACCACAGGUUCACAGCCUACCACGGAAACCACCAUCAGCACUGAGUUUCACAGUUCCACCUCUGCAAACACACCUGUGGCCCCCUCCUACCUGCCAGGUCUUCCGACCCCACCACCUUCAGCCCCAUCCUCCACUGAGGAACUAACAGUCUGGACCACCCCCAAGGAAUCCACAGUCUCCUCGGGAGAAUACCCUCAAACCACCAUGGCUGCCACACCUCCGACAUCACCUUGGCCUCCUACAUCCAUACCGAAGUCAACACCCACAGAGCUCCCAGUGACACAGGCCACAUCCAAGCCCACAGCAUCUUCCCUCAGCUCAUCCACGAAGACCACAGCUGAGUUAACAGAGAGUACCACAGUGACCUUGCUAACCUUAAUGCCUGGGAUGUCUACCAGCCAAGGUAAAACCUCAGCAUCCUACACGACGCAGCAUCAGUCCACAUCGUUCCACCUCACUACAAUAUCCAAAUGGCCCACCAACGGAGUGAGUGAUACCCCUGGGGUCCACACAUCCUCAGGCACACCUAGCAGUUCCCAUGCAACACACAUCACAUACACUCCACCCACACAAGUGGUCUCCAGCAUCACACACAGCACAGGUCCCCCUUUGGGAACAUCUGUGCAAACAACCAUCAACUUCCCUACACUAUCAGCUCCUCAGACAUCUUUAGUCACACCACACCCAGGACUGUCAAGCUCCUCCACGGCAUUAACUUCAGAAAUACUGAAGACGCCAACAAGCUCACAAAUGGUCUCAUCAGCUUCUCCACAAACAAUAUUUAGCAGCAUUCAUCCUAAAACUACAUUGGAGGCCACAACGCCACAACACACAGCACCUCUUAUCACUUCUAUAACUAGCUCCAUCACUCAAGCUCAAAGCUCUUUCUCCACAGACAAAACAUAUACUUCCCAACAUUCUCAGCCUUCCACCAUGACUGCUCAUCAGUCUAGAUCACUUCCAACUGUAACCACUUCAACCAAGUCCACCAUGGGUCUAACUGGUACUCCACCGGUCCACACCACCUCAGGCACAACUAGCAGUCCUCAGACUCCACGCACCACACACCCUUUCUCCACUGUUGCUGUCUCCAACACAAAACAUACCACAGGUGUCUCCUUGGAAACAUCUGUGCAGACCACCAUUGCCUCCCCUACACCAUCAGCUCCUCAGACCUCGUUGGCCACACACCUUCCCUUUUCUUCAACCUCCUCUGUGACACCAACUUCUGAGGUAAUUAUCACCCCAACACCCCAACACACACUUUCAUCAGCCUCUACCUCCACAACCACGGGAAACAUUCUUCCAACCACCAUAGGACAAACUGGGUCUCCUCAUACAUCCGUACCUGUCAUUUAUACAACCAGUGCCAUCACUCAAACCAAAACCUCAUUCUCCACAGACAGGACAUCCACCCCCACCUCAGCCCCACACCUCUCAGAAACUUCUGCAGUGACUGCCCAUCAAUCUACACCAACUGCAGUUAGUGCCAACUCAAUUAAGCCAACCAUGAGUUCAACUGGCACACCUGUGGUCCACACCACCUCAGGAACAACUAGCAGUCCUCAGACUCCACGCACCACACACCCUUCAACCACUGUGGCUGUGUCUGGGACAGUACACACCACAGGUCUCCCCUCAGGAACAUCCGUGCACACCACCACCAACUUCCCAACCCAUUCAGGUCCUCAGAGCUCACUGUCCACCCAUCUCCCAUUAUUUUCAACCUUAUCUGUGACACCAACCACUGAGGGACUUAACACCCCAACCAGCCCACACUCCCUAUCAGUGGCCUCUACCUCCAUGCCACUGAUGACUGUCCUUCCAACCACCCUGGAAGGCACAAGACCACCUCAUACAUCAGUACCUGUCACGUAUACAACCACUGCUGCCACACAAACCAAAAGCUCGUUCUCCACAGACAGGACCUCUACACCCCAUCUCUCGCAAUCUUCCACAGUGACUCCCACACAAUCAACACCAAUUCCAGCUACUACCAACUCACUUAUGACCACUGGGGGUCUAACUGGUACGCCUCCGGUCCACACCACCUCAGGCACAACUAGCAGUCCUCAGACUCCACGCACCACACACCCUUUCUCCACUGUUGCUGUCUCCAACACAAAACAUACCACAGGUGUCUCCUUGGAAACAUCUGUGCAGACCACCAUUGCCUCCCCUACACCAUCAGCUCCUCAGACCUCGUUGGCCACACACCUUCCCUUUUCUUCAACCUCCGCUGUGACACCAACUUCUGAGGUAAUUAUCACCCCAACACCCCAACACACAUUUUCAUCAGCCUCUACCUCCACAACCACGGGAAACAUUCUUCCAACCACCAUAGGACAAACUGGGUCUCCUCAUACAUCCGUACCUGUCAUUUAUACAACCAGUGCCAUCACUCAAACCAAAACCUCAUUCUCCACAGACAGGACAUCCACCUCCACCUCAGCCCCACACCUCUCAGAAACUUCUGCAGUCACUGCCCAUCAAUCUACACCAACUGCAGUUAGUGCCAACUCAAUUAAGCCAACCAUGAGUUCAACUGGCACACCUGUGGUCCACACCACCUCAGGAACAACUAGCAGUCCUCAGACUCCACGCACCACACACCCUUCAACCACUGUGGCUGUGUCUGGGACAGUACACACCACAGGUCUCCCCUCAGGAACAUCCGUGCACACCACCACCAACUUCCCAACCCAUUCAGGUCCUCAGAGCUCACUGUCCACCCAUCUCCCUUUAUUUUCAACCUUAUCUGUGACACCAACCACUGAGGGACUUAACACUCAAUCAACACCAAUUCCAGCUAUUACCAACUCACUUAUGACCACUGGGGGUCUAACUGGUACUCCACCGGUCCACACCACCUCAGGCACAACUAGCAGUCCUCAGACUCCACGCACCACACACCCUUUCUCCACUGUUGCUGUCUCCAACACAAAACAUACCACAGGUGUCUCCUUGGAAACAUCUGUGCAGACCACCAUUGCCUCCCCUACACCAUCAGCUCCUCAGACCUCGUUGGCCACACACCUUCCCUUUUCUUCAACCUCCUCUGUGACACCAACUUCUGAGGUAAUUAUCACCCCAACACCCCAACACACACUUUCAUCAGCCUCUACCUCCACAACCACGGGAAACAUUCUUCCAACCACCAUAGGACAAACUGGGUCUCCUCAUACAUCCGUACCUGUCAUUUAUACAACCAGUGCCAUCACUCAAACCAAAACCUCAUUCUCCACAGACAGGACAUCCACCCCCACCUCAGCCCCACACCUCUCAGAAACUUCUGCAGUCACUGCCCAUCAAUCUACACCAACUGCAGUUAGUGCCAACUCAAUUAAGCCAACCAUGAGUUCAACUGGCACACCUGUGGUCCACACCACCUCAGGAACAACUAGCAGUCCUCAGACUCCACGCACCACACACCCUUCAACCACUGUGGCUGUGUCUGGGACAGUACACACCACAGGUCUCCCCUCAGGAACAUCCGUGCACACCACCACCAACUUCCCAACCCAUUCAGGUCCUCAGAGCUCACUGUCCACCCAUCUCCCAUUAUUUUCAACCUUAUCUGUGACACCAACCACUGAGGGACUUAACACCCCAACCAGCCCACACUCCCUAUCAGUGGCCUCUACCUCCAUGCCACUGAUGACUGUCCUUCCAACCACCCUGGAAGGCACAAGACCACCUCAUACAUCAGUACCUGUCACGUAUACAACCACUGCUGCCACACAAACCAAAAGCUCGUUCUCCACAGACAGGACCUCUACACCCCAUCUCUCGCAAUCUUCCACAGUGACUCCCACACAAUCAACACCAAUUCCAGCUACUACCAACUCACUUAUGACCACUGGGGGUCUAACUGGUACUCCUCCGGUCCACACCAACUCAGGCACAACUAGCAGUCCUCAGACUCCACGCACCACACACCCUUUCUCCACUGUUGCUGUCUCCAACACAAAACAUACCACAGGUGUCUCCUUGGAAACAUCUGUGCAGACCACCAUUGCCUCCCCUACACCAUCAGCUCCUCAGACCUCGUUGGCCACACACCUUCCCUUUUCUUCAACCUCCUCUGUGACACCAACUUCUAAGGUAAUUAUCACCCCAACACCCCAACACACACUUUCAUCAGCCUCUACCUCCACAACCACGGGAAACAUUCUUCCAACCACCAUAGGAAAAACUGGGUCUCCUCAUACAUCCGUACCUGUCAUUUAUACAACCAGUGCCAUCACUCAAACCAAAACCUCAUUCUCCACAGACAGGACAUCCACCUCCACCUCAGCCCCACACCUCUCAGAAACUUCUGCAGUCACUGCCCAUCAAUCUACACCAACUGCAGUUAGUGCCAACUCAAUUAAGCCAACCAUGAGUUCAACUGGCACACCUGUGGUCCACACCACCUCAGGAACAACUAGCAGUCCUCAGACUCCACGCACCACACACCCUUCAACCACUGUGGCUGUGUCUGGGACAGUACACACCACAGGUCUCCCCUCAGGAACAUCCGUGCACACCACCACCAACUUCCCAACCCAUUCAGGUCCUCAGAGCUCACUGUCCACCCAUCUCCCAUUAUUUUCAACCUUAUCUGUGACACCAACCACUGAGGGACUUAACACCCCAACCAGCCCACACUCCCUAUCAGUGGCCUCUACCUCCAUGCCACUGAUGACUGUCCUUCCAACCACCCUGGAAGGCACAAGACCACCUCAUACAUCAGUACCUGUCAUGUAUACAACCACUGCUGCCACACAAACCAAAAGCUCGUUCUCCACAGACAGGACCUCUACACCCCAUCUCUCGCAAUCUUCCACAGUGACUCCCACACAAUCAACACCAAUUCCAGCUACUACCAACUCACUUAUGACCACUGGGGGUCUAACUGGUACGCCUCCGGUCCACACCACCUCAGGCACAACUAGCAGUCCUCAGACUCCACGCACCACACACCCUUUCUCCACUGUUGCUGUCUCCAACACAAAACAUACCACAGGUGUCUCCUUGGAAACAUCUGUGCAGACCACCAUUGCCUCCCCUACACCAUCAGCUCCUCAGACCUCGUUGACCACACACCUUCCCUUUUCUUCAACCUCCUCUGUGACACCAACUUCUGAGGUAAUUAUCACCCCAACACCCCAACACACACUUUCAUCAGCCUCUACCUCCACAACCAUGGGAAACAUUCUUCCAACCACCAUAGGACAAACUGGGUCUCCUCAUACAUCCGUACCUGUCAUUUAUACAACCAGUGCCAUCACUCAAACCAAAACCUCAUUCUCCACAGACAGGACAUCCACCCCCACCUCAGCCCCACACCUCUCAGAAACUUCUGCAGUCACUGCCCAUCAAUCUACACCAACUGCAGUUAGUGCCAACUCAAUUAAGCCAACCAUGAGUUCAACUGGCACACCUGUGGUCCACACCACCUCAGGAACAACUAGCAGUCCUCAGACUCCACGCACCACACACCCUUCAACCACUGUGGCUGUGUCUGGGACAGUACACACCACAGGUCUCCCCUCAGGAACAUCCGUGCAGACCACCACCAACUUCCCAACCCAUUCAGGUCCUCAGAGCUCACUGUCCACCCAUCUCCCAUUAUUUUCAACCUUAUCUGUGACACCAACCACUGAGGGACUUAACACUCAAUCAACACCAAUUCCAGCUACUACCAACUCACUUAUGACCACUGGGGGUCUAACUGGUACUCCUCCGGUCCACACCACCUCAGGCACAACUAGCAGUCCUCAGACUCCACGCACCACACACCCUUUCUCCACUGUUGCUGUCUCCAACACAAAACAUACCACAGGUGUCUCCUUGGAAACAUCUGUGCAGACCACCAUUGCCUCCCCUACACCAUCAGCUCCUCAGACCUCGUUGGCCACACACCUUCCCUUUUCUUCAACCUCCGCUGUGACACCAACUUCUGAGGUAAUUAUCACCCCAACACCCCAACACACAUUUUCAUCAGCCUCUACCUCCACAACCACGGGAAACAUUCUUCCAACCACCAUAGGACAAACUGGGUCUCCUCAUACAUCCGUACCUGUCAUUUAUACAACCAGUGCCAUCACUCAAACCAAAACCUCAUUCUCCACAGACAGGACAUCCACCUCCACCUCAGCCCCACACCUCUCAGAAACUUCUGCAGUCACUGCCCAUCAAUCUACACCAACUGCAGUUAGUGCCAACUCAAUUAAGCCAACCAUGAGUUCAACUGGCACACCUGUGGUCCACACCACCUCAGGAACAAGUAGCAGUCCUCAGACUCCACGCACCACACACCCUUCAACCACUGUGGCUGUGUCUGGGACAGUACACACCACAGGUCUCCCCUCAGGAACAUCCGUGCAGACCACCACCAACUUCCCAACCCAUUCAGGUCCUCAGAGCUCACUGUCCACCCAUCUCCCAUUAUUUUCAACCUUAUCUGUGACACCAACCACUGAGGGACUUAACACUCAAUCAACACCAAUUCCAGCUACUACCAACUCACUUAUGACCACUGGGGGUCUAACUGGUACUCCACCGGUCCACACCACCUCAGGCACAACUAGCAGUCCUCAGACUCCACGCACCACACACCCUUUCUCCACUGUUGCUGUCUCCAACACAAAACAUACCACAGGUGUCUCCUUGGAAACAUCUGUGCAGACCACCAUUGCCUCCCCUACACCAUCAGCUCCUCAGACCUCGUUGGCCACACACCUUCCCUUUUCUUCAACCUCCUCUGUGACACCAACUUCUGAGGUAAUUAUCACCCCAACACCCCAACACACACUUUCAUCAGCCUCUACCUCCACAACCAUGGGAAACAUUCUUCCAACCACCAUAGGACAAACUGGGUCUCCUCAUACAUCCGUACCUGUCAUUUAUACAACCAGUGCCAUCACUCAAACCAAAACCUCAUUCUCCACAGACAGGACAUCCACCCCCACCUCAGCCCCACACCUCUCAGAAACUUCUGCAGUCACUGCCCAUCAAUCUACACCAACUGCAGUUAGUGCCAACUCAAUUAAGCCAACCAUGAGUUCAACUGGCACACCUGUGGUCCACACCACCUCAGGAACAACUAGCAGUCCUCAGACUCCACGCACCACACACCCUUCAACCACUGUGGCUGUGUCUGGGACAGUACACACCACAGGUCUCCCCUCAGGAACAUCCGUGCACACCACCACCAACUUCCCAACCCAUUCAGGUCCUCAGAGCUCACUGUCCACCCAUCUCCCAUUAUUUUCAACCUUAUCUGUGACACCAACCACUGAGGGACUUAACACCCCAACCAGCCCACACUCCCUAUCAGUGGCCUCUACCUCCAUGCCACUGAUGACUGUCCUUCCAACCACCCUGGAAGGCACAAGACCACCUCAUACAUCAGUACCUGUCACGUAUACAACCACUGCUGCCACACAAACCAAAAGCUCGUUCUCCACAGACAGGACCUCUGCACCCCAUCUCUCGCAACCUUCCACAGUGACUCCCACACAAUCAACACCAAUUCCAGCUACUACCAACUCACUUAUGACCACUGGGGGUCUAACUGGUACUCCUCCGGUCCACACCACCUCAGGCACAACUAGCAGUCCUCAGACUCCACGCACCACACACCCUUUCUCCACUGUUGCUGUCUCCAACACAAAACAUACCACAGGUGUCUCCUUGGAAACAUCUGUGCAGACCACCAUUGCCUCCCCUACACCAUCAGCUCCUCAGACCUCGUUGGCCACACACCUUCCCUUUUCUUCAACCUCCUCUGUGACACCAACUUCUGAGGUAAUUAUCACCCCAACACCCCAACACACACUUUCAUCAGCCUCUACCUCCACAACCAUGGGAAACAUUCUUCCAACCACCAUAGGACAAACUGGGUCUCCUCAUACAUCCGUACCUGUCAUUUAUACAACCAGUACCAUCACUCAAACCAAAACCUCAUUCUUCACAGACAGGACAUCCACCUCCACCUCAGCCCCACACCUCUCAGAAACUUCUGCAGUCACUGCCCAUCAAUCUACACCAACUGCAGUUAGUGCCAACUCAAUUAAGCCAACCAUGAGUUCAACUGGCACACCUGUGGUCCACACCACCUCAGGAACAACUAGCAGUCCUCAGACUCCACGCACCACACACCCUUCAACCACUGUGGCUGUGUCUGGGACAGUACACACCACAGGUCUCCCCUCAGGAACAUCCGUGCAGACCACCACCAACUUCCCAACCCAUUCAGGUCCUCAGAGCUCACUGUCCACCCAUCUCCCAUUAUUUUCAACCUUAUCUGUGACACCAACCACUGAGGGACUUAACACUCAAUCAACACCAAUUCCAGCUACUACCAACUCACUUAUGACCACUGUGGGUCUAACUGGUACUCCACCGGUCCACACCACCUCAGGCACAACUAGCAGUCCUCAGACUCCACGCACCACACACCCUUUCUCCACUGUUGCUGUCUCCAACACAAAACAUACCACAGGUGUCUCCUUGGAAACAUCUGUGCAGACCACCAUUGCCUCCCCUACACCAUCAGCUCCUCAGACCUCGUUGGCCACACACCUUCCCUUUUCUUCAACCUCCUCUGUGACACCAACUUCUGAGGUAAUUAUCACCCCAACACCCCAACACACACUUUCAUCAGCCUCUACCUCCACAACCACGGGAAACAUUCUUCCAACCACCAUAGGACAAACUGGGUCUCCUCAUACAUCCGUACCUGUCAUUUAUACAACCAGUGCCAUCACUCAAACCAAAACCUCAUUCUCCACAGACAGGACAUCCACCUCCACCUCAGCCCCACACCUCUCAGAAACUUCUGCAGUCACUGCCCAUCAAUCUACACCAACUGCAGUUAGUGCCAACUCAAUUAAGCCAACCAUGAGUUCAACUGGCACACCUGUGGUCCACACCACCUCAGGAACAACUAGCAGUCCUCAGACUCCACGCACCACACACCCUUCAACCACUGUGGCUGUGUCUGGGACAGUACACACCACAGGUCUCCCCUCAGGAACAUCCGUGCACACCACCACCAACUUCCCAACCCAUUCAGGUCCUCAGAGCUCACUGUCCACCCAUCUCCCAUUAUUUUCAACCUUAUCUGUGACACCAACUACUGAGGGACUUAACACCCCCACCAGCCCACAUUCCCUAUCAGCGGCCUCUACCUCCAUGCCACUGAUGACUGUCCUUCCAACCACCCUGGAAGGCACAAGACCACCUCAUACAUCAGUACCUGUCACAUAUACAACCACUGCUGCCACACAAACCAAAAGCUCGUUCUCCACAGACAGGACCUCUACACCCCAUCUCUCGCAAUCUUCCACUGUGACUCCCACACAACCAACACCAAUUCCAGCUACUACCAACUCACCUAUGACCACUGUGGGUCUAACUGGUACCCCAGUGGUCCACACCCCCUCAGGCACAUCUAGCAUCGCCCAUACUCCACACACCACACACUCUCUACCCACAGCGGCUUCCUCCAGCACCACACUUAGCACAGCUCCUCAAUUCAGAACAUCUGAGCAGUCCACCACCACCUUCCCAACACCAUCAGCUCCUCAGACCUCUUUAGUCACAUCACUGCCACCAUUCUCAACUUCCUCUGUGUCACCAACUGACGAGAUACACAUCACCUCAACUAACCCACACACAGUCUCCUCAGUUUCCAUGUCUAGGCCAGUGAGCACUAUACUUCAAACCACAAUAGAAGUGACAACACCUCCAAAUACAUCCACACCUGUCACUCACUCAACCAGUGCCACAACUGAAGCUCAAGGCUCUUUCUCCACAGAGAGAACCUCUACUUCCUACCUUUCUCACCCUUCCUCCACGACAGUCCAUCAAUCCACAGCAGGUCCUGUAAUCACUUCAAUCAAGUCCACCAUGGGUGUAACUGGUACUCCACCGGUCCACACCACCUCAGGCACAACUAGCAGUCCUCAGACUCCACACAGCACACACCCUAUAUCCACUGCUGCCAUCUCUAGGACAACAGGCAUCUCAGGCACCCCGUUUCGAACACCGAUGAAGACCACGAUUACCUUCCCAACACCAUCCAGCCUUCAGACUUCUAUGGCCACAUUAUUUCCACCAUUUUCAACUUCUGUUAUGUCAAGUACUGAGAUAUUUAACACCCCAACCAAUCCACAUUCAGUCUCAUCAGCUUCCACAUCUAGACCACUGAGCACUAGUCUUCCAACUACAAUCAAAGGCACUGGGACUCCACAAACACCAGUAUCCGACAUUAACACAACCAGUGCCACUACCCAAGCUCACAGCUCUUUUCCCACAACCAGAACAUCUACUUCCCACCUUUCCUUGCCUUCCUCCAUGACAUCCACUCUCACACCUGCUUCAAGAUCUGCUUCAACUCUGCAGUACACACCCACUCCCAGCUCAGUGUCCCAUUCCCCACUGCUUACUACACCCACAGCAUCACCUCCUUCAUCUGCCCCUACCUUUGUGUCUCCAACUGCUGCCUCAACUGUUAUUUCCUCUGCUCUCCCUACCAUCCACAUGACUCCCACCCCAUCGAGUAGGCCAACCUCCAGCACUGGCCUUCUCUCCACUUCCAAGACUACAUCUCACGUGCCCACAUUUUCUUCAUUCUCCUCGAAGUCUACCACCGCCCAUCUUACCUCCCUCACUACCCAAGCUGCUACAUCAGGGCUACUGUCUUCAACCAUGGGCAUGACAAACCUGCCAAGUUCAGGCUCCCCAGACAUCAACCAUACCACUAGGCCUCCAGGUAGUAGCCCACUGCCCACAUCUGCCUUCCUGAGCCGCAGCACUUCUCCCACUGGAAGCUCCUCACCUUCUACCCCAGUAUCAUCCUCCAAUCCAGACUCCUCGGUCUCCUCGCCACCCUCGCAUCCUGGGACCUGCAGCUUACAGGAGGAAGAGCACCAGAUUACUUACCAGGGCUGUGUGGCCAAUGUGACUCUAACUCGUUGCCAGGGUUUCUGCGCCUCCUCUGUCAGUUUCAAUAAGGACACCCUGCAGUUGGAGUCCAGCUGUGGCUGCUGUCAGCCCCUGAGUACCUACAAGAAGCAACUCUCACUGCCCUGCCCAGAUCCCGAUGCGCCAGGGCAGCAGCUCACACUCACCCUCCAAGUGUUCAGCAGCUGUGUAUGCAGCCCCCUGCAGUGCAAGAACUGAACAGCAGCAACUGGUUUCUGGGUACCAGAAAAUGCCAUUCACGAUACGGCCCUAACACCUGUAACUCGCAAUCCCUUUACUGGCCAUGGGCAUGGCCUCAAAAAGACAUCACCCGUGUUUCACCCUGAGCCAGCUGCAGAGAAAGAGCUGUCAGUGCAGGGCACCCCACCACUAUCUCCUGCACAACCUGAGCAAGCACAACAGGUCUUUGGUGGAAAUAAACUGACAUCCCUUCCAUCUGGAUGCACCGGGGAUCUUCUGUCUACCUGCACAGCACCUCCCAGCCUUGGGCUACAUCACCCAGGAGAGCAGAACACAGAAGCAGAUGCUAAGACUGGGCAGGGCACAUGGGGAGGUGUGGAGAAUAGCAGGAGGAAGAUGCAGGGGCAUGAGCCCUGGGGGGCGUGCGGGGGGGGGGGGGGGGGGGCGACGGACGGACAGGGACACAAGCAGCAAGGUAAGCACUGCAGAGACACAAGGAAAGGUCUCCUCAGACACAGGAGGGAAAAAAAGGCAUUGGUAUUCACUGGACAGGAGGCUGUCACCCAACAAUGAGCAGAUUGCAAAUAAAACUGGUUCUUUUCAAGGCA